AUGUCUCUUUUCGGUCAAGCUGCGGCCCCGUCCACGGGCGGCGGCCUCUUUGGACAAGCCAACAACACCGCAAAUAAGCCCAGUCCCUUCGGUGGAGGUGGCGGUCUUUUCGGAAAUACCUCGACGACAAACACUACGCAGCAGAACACCACGGGCGGAUUGUUCGGAGGUGCGACGCAGACCCAGCAACCGUCGGGAGGAGGUCUCUUCGGCGGCGCCACAAACACACAAACUCAGCAGCCAUCCGGCGGACUGUUCGGCCAAACCGCGACUCAGCAGAAGCCAGCCGGUGGUGGUCUUUUCGGAGGACUGGGGCAGACGCAACAGCCCCAGCAACAACAACAGCAGACUACUGGAGGGAGCUUGUUCGGGCAGAAACCCCUUGGAGGAGGUGGAGGAGGGUUGUUCGGUCAGCAACAGCAGUCGCAGGCGCCGCAGCAGCAGGGUGGUGGUCUGUUUGGUGGGCUGGGUCAGACGCAGCAGCCUCAACAGCAGCAACAACCGAGUUUGUUCGGAGGUUCUCUACUAGGAGGACAGCAGCAGCAACAGCAACCGGCGCAGCAACAGCAGCAGCCCCAAUUGGGCCAGACUCAGAUGGGUCAGUCGACGGCACAGCUCGGUUCGAGUCUGUGGGAGCCGGGCCGUGCAGUUACCGGAGUCCACCGCACCGUACCGAUGCAGAUUCAGAUUGUAAAGGACAAGUGGGAUGCGUCCAGCCGUUCCUCUCCCUUCCGCGCGUACUUGUAUAACAAUGUCGGCGAAGAAAUGGCGCCUUUCUACCAGCCGGGUCCGGAGGACGAUGACACAAAAUGGGAGGAUGCGCUGCGGAAGCGGCCCGAUUCGGGAUAUGUUCCUGUGCUCGUCAAGGGCUUUUUCGAGUUGGGCAAGCGUGCGCAGCGCCAGAAGGAUUUCCUUACCAUGAUGCAGACGCGACUCCACGAGAUCAACAACUGCCUGUCGGAUCUGCUGUCUCGGCACGAUCUGAAGAUUUCGGUCAAGAUCGCUGACUGCCGCCGGAAACAUCUCGUCCUCAGCAAGCGGUGUCUGGCGCUUGCGGCCAAGACGCAGGUGCUGCGGAAUCGCGGCUACGCCAUGGAUGACGCGGAGGAGGAGCUGAAGAAGAAGCUCAGCCAGCUGGAGCGGUCGGUCUUUGACCCGUCACUGAAUGGACGGGCGGAGGAGAUCUGGGCGCGCAUGCUGGCGAUCCGGGAACACUCGCGACGUCUACAGCAGGAGAUGGAGCGGGCCGGACCCAGCGCGGCGGCGCAGGCGGACGACGAGCUGGACGAGCAGACGAUGAAGACGGCCAAGAAGAUAUUGGAUGACUACCACACGCAAAUCCAACACUUGCAGAAGGAACUCGAAGCAGUGAGAAAGGACUUUGAGGAGGCACAGAAGCUUCCCGGGGGAGCCGUGAACCACUGA